AAAGUUACCCUAUUUAAUGUAAAAUGUAUUGGGUAUUUAAUGUAUGUAAUCUCUCAAUAUACACACAAAUUUAGGGGCUAAAACAAGGCACUGUUUGGGUACACUGUAAGGAACUAUUUAAUUGAGUUCCAAUCGUGCUUCUUCAGUCUGUGAAACAAACAAAGCCUAACAGGGUAGGACUGAAACGGGGUGAGUAACUGCUAAAUAACGCUCUCUAUAUCACAUCCGCUGAUUUUGGCGGCACUAAAACCGCAACUCUCAUCAAACCCCGUCGCAUUCCAACUUUCUCUCUCAACUUUCUCUCCACAUUCCGCUCUUUCUAGCUUAAUCUCCUCAACGUGGAUUCAACAGUUAAUUUAUACAAAUACCCAUGUUUUAUUUUGUGUUUAGACGUGGAUUUUAAAUGUGCAAGAGGGAGAGCAGGACAGAGAAGAAGCCAUGGAGGGGUUGGACGAUUCAUUGUCUCUCUCUAGCCUCUUGUGUCACGAAAAUGAAGAAGCUUAUUUCAAUGGACAGGAGAAUGAGACCGAUUACAUGAGCUAUCUGGGUAGUUUUGGGCUGGGGAGCGAAGAUGAGGAGGAGUAUAUAGAAGGGUUAAUUCGAAGAGAAGAUGCCCAAUUUGAUUCCAAAUGUCAUGUAUCCCCCUCAAACGAUUCCGCAGUCACCGUUUGCCAGAGCUCGCUCAAAUGUGCUCGAUUGGAAUCCAUUGAAUGGAUUUUAAAUACAAGAGCAAUAUUCGGGUUCCACUUCAAUACCGUUUAUAUUUCUGUGAAUUACUUCGAUCGAUUCCUUUCAAAGCGAUCCAUUGAUGAUGGAAAAUAUUGGGCUUUUCGAUUGCUAUCGAUAGCCUGCUUAUCGUUGGCAGUGAAGAUGGAGGAGUAUAAAGUACCAGCCUUAUCUGAGUUUCCUGUUGAAGGUUACUACUUUGAGAGUAAGUCAAUACAGAGGAUGGAGUUGUUGGUGUUGAAUACAUUAGAGUGGAAAAUGGGUUUGAUCACUCCUUUCCCUUACCUAAAUUACUUGAUUCACAAAAUUGGUGGAGAAUCUAAACCGCCGAAAGUAGGGUCUGGAGCUGUUGAACUAAUUGUGGCAAUGAUCAAAGAAAUUAAUUUGAUUGAUCAUCGGCCAUCUAUCAUCGCUGUGGCUGCAAUAUUCGCUGCAUCUGAUGGUCAGUUGUCGCAGAAAAGUUUGGAGCACAAGAUGAACUCACUUUCCUUGUUCGGUUCGCUAGAAAAUGAACAAAUAUGUUUCUGUUAUAAUUUAAUGCUGGAAAUAGAGAUGAGAAAAUCUAAGGCACCCAUUUCGGUGAUUUCGCCACCUGUGUCUUCGAUGCAUUCUAGCUCAACUGAUGCUGUUGAGAAUACUUUUACAUCCAGAGCUGGCGUUAAGAGAAGUCUUACGUUCAGUAGCUCUGAUCAAAGUUGUCCGGUAAAGAAAAUCAAUCGGCAAUAGUUAUAUAUGCUUUGACAUGAAGAUUUAUUUGGUUUAUUGAUUGAAUUAUAGGAUCCUUUUUUGGGCUGAAAACUGAAUCUUGCUACCAGAUUGGACUAUAGGUUUUAUUGAUUGCUAUAAGCCAUUUUAUGGUUUGAGUUGGAAUUCAAUGAUUUGAGUUCCAUUUUUUGAACAUCUAGCAAAAGUUUCCAGCCAGUGAAACCAAAGAGAUGAUACUGAAAAUAGAAAGUAAAUAAAAGAAUUGAGUAUCUUUAGCCUAAGAAGCUGACUUGAAAGUCCAAGAAGUGAAGAAGAGAGAGGCCAAUAGAGCACCAGAAGGCCAUAGAAGACUUGUUUGUCUAUACUGCGUUUCUUAGUGUUUGCUUUCUUGUAUAAUGCUGCUGUUGCUAUUGCUUACAUAUAUUAUCUUCCUGUUACUUUUUUCCUUAUUGUGACAGAAUAUAUAUUGAUGUAAACAUUACUUGCAACCCCCUACCUUUUGAAGGGGAGCUUGGGAUGCUUCCCAUGUCUUUUAAAAGGCUGAAAGCCAUGAGGAAUGAAGAAUUGUUUUUGUUUGAUUUGAUA